CCUUGUUUUGCUGCUGCGUGAUGUUUGCGUGCCAACAAUAUUAAUCAUGGCCCCGGGCAUCGUCAUCGAUGUCCUGCCGCUGGCCUUGGCCUGGGGUGGCCUGCGGUGGCCUACACUCGCACCUGUAUCAGGCAGGUGCGCUGGCCGAGUGCUCGUUUGAUUGAAUCGGCCAUAAAUUAGAGGGCAUCCUUUGUGCAUAGUUCGAUUUAUUUUUGGUCGCCGCCAAUUAAAACGUUUGCCAAACGCCAGCCAGAGCGCUAGACAAACGCAACUGCCACGCGCACUAAUUGCCCACUUUGAUGAUUUAAUUUAUUUUAAUUGGCAGCGCACUGAAAAGUGCGAGCACCAGCCAUGAAAUGUGCCCCAUCGGGCCACAUUCAAUUCAGCUCUGAUGCGAACUCCAAGUAAGCUCUCCGCCAGUCGCUCCUGACAACGCCCGGACAAUGCAAGCAAAAGUCGACAGAAAGUUGGUUAUAAUACUCCUGUCUCUGUGUUUUUAUGCCAAAGCCGAGCUGAGCUGCAGAGAGAUGCGCGCUAAUGCCACACGCCUGUCCGCCCGCUGCUGCCAGCUGACGCGCACCAGCCUGGACCCGGGCUACGUGGAGUGUCGCGAGGCGCUGAAGCUGCCCAAAAAGCGACGAUUCAGCUUCGCCGAGAUGUAUACCAUCAACAUGUGCCUCGAGGAGUGCAACUAUAUAGGCUCUGGCUACAUUGAAGUGGACCCGCCGUACCGCCUGGACAUGGUCCGAGUGCGGCGCAACUUGGAACAGAUCCUGCCGCAGCCACAGGAGACGAGCGUGCCCUUCAUGUUCGAUGCGUACAUUAAGUGCGAGGCUUAUCGCGCCCAGCACACGGCUCGCUUCGCGCUGCACCUGCCGGAGAUUGAAUUCAUAGAGGAGAAGUGCAACCCCUUUUCCCUGCACGUGACCAUCUGUGUGCGCAUCCAUGCGAUGCAGAAGUGCCCCAAGGAGUUCUACACGAACAGCACCGAGUGCCGCAUGGCCCAGGACUACUUCACCAGGUGCGUGGACGACAUCGAGUCGAAUGUUGCGUAGGUGCAGCCACCAGCCACCAGCCACCAGCCACGCCCACACGCCUUUGAGGCGAUACGUGUAAAUGAAAUGAAAUGAAAUGUAGAAAAGUUCUGGGAGUUCUGCUCGCAUAUAAAUUCGUGUUGCACUGCAACAAAAGCGAACAAGCACCGCUUCGAAAUAAAAGAAAAAGCCAUAAAAGUCAUAGAUGAAA